UUUUAUUGAUUUUGGCUUGUUGUCACGAACAUGGCAGUGAUGGGAGGCUUUAAAUAUAUUUUAUCGUUGGCAGCAGUGUUAUUUGUUUCUAUCAAUAUUGGUGUACAAGCACAAUGUUCGGAAGGUACUAUUAAAGAAAUGGAAGGCAUUUUUGUUCAGAACUUUACACAGAAUCGAGCUAUGGCUGCUAUGUGUCUGCAUUCCGCCUUUCAUGACUGCUGGAACGGAUGUAACGGUGCUUUGUUUCUACCAGAGGAAAUAGUUAGACCUGAGAAUGCUGGAUUGCCACCACUGAAACCACUGUUGAUGCCUUUUGCGUCGCAAUUCCCCUGUAUUAGUAUUGCUGAUUUGAUCAACUCAUGUGCAGUCACCGCGCUCAAAUUUUUGGGAGGUCCAGAAGUCCCAGUUUAUUAUGGUAGACUGGACAGAAACGUUCCUGAUCCAGCUGGUUUGAUUCCCGAACCCACCAUGAGUCUAUCAGCUCUUAUCUCUGCCUUUAAUGCAAUUGGAUUUACAAAAGAAAACGUAGUAACAUUAUCAGGUGCCCACAGUGUGGGAGUUUGCCACGGUGUUCCUAUGUGUCCUGGUCAUAAUAAUACCUUUGGCAAUCAUUAUUACAAGGAACUUAUUGACGGAGACUUUGAAGGCAAAUUGGGUACGGAUAUUGAGCUCUUAGAUGACAAUACGAUGAGGAGUUUGGUUCAACAAUAUGCCAAUGAUCAACAACAAUUCUUUGAUGACUUUACCACUGUAUUUGGGAAAUAUAUUUCUAGGAUACAUUGUAACCAAACUUCGUCAGGUCCCUGUCCCUUGGAUGACAUCGGUGUAUCUACACCUGCUCCAUCACCGGAAUCAGUUCAACCUGUAUCUUCUGAACCUAGCAUUCCUUCUAACCCAUUCCCAGCUUUUGGCAGUGAACCGUCAGCACCAUCCGAACCAUCAGCACCAUCCUCAUCGUCUCCAUUUGGCAGUAGCAGCGAACCUGUUUUCUUCCCAAUAUAGAAAAUCGAACUGACAAGUAGUGUGAAACUCCAAAGGGGGUUAGCUAGUAAAUAAAGGUCAAAAUUUUUCA